GCUGCAAGUUGAACACACAGAUCCCAGUGGAGGAACUGCUGGAGACUCUGAAGAGGUUUAAGAGGGCAGAAAUAGAGGCAGAGCAGACAGAGGAUGAAUCGGUCAACAGUCAUGGUGCUGGGCGUUUGAGAGAGUAUCAGCAACUGUCCUCUGCUCUGUUGUACCCCUGUGAUGCCGGGAAGGAGCUGUGUAACCAGGGCAAGAACCGAUACAAGAGCAUCAUCCCAUAUGAUCACUGCCGUGUGGUGCUGCAGCCCUCUGACACGGGGAAUGGCUACAUCAAUGCCAGCUACGUGGAUAGCUACCGGAGUCCACGCUUCUUCAUUGCAGCUCAAGGCCCCUUGUCUGAGACCAUGAUGGAUUUCUGGCAGAUGGUCUGGCAGGAGAAGACCUCGGUCAUUGUGAUGCUGACGGGCUUAGUGGAGCAGAACAAGACCAAGUGUGAGCAGUAUUGGCCAGAGCAGGAACAGGUCUACGGGGACUUCACUGUGACACUCAACCACACCAGGACCACCACGGGCCUUGUGACACGCAUCUUCUGCCUGAAGAAGGCAGGCUGUGCUCUCCCAAGAGUGGUGGAGCAGUUCCACUACCUGCUGUGGCCAGACCAUGGAGUCCCCAGAAACCCUGCCCAGCUCCUGUGCUUAGUGGAGGUGGUGAACAAGAGGGGGUUGGAAGCACCUGCUGGACCGGUGCUGGUACACUGCAGUGCAGGGAUCGGGCGCACAGGUACCUUCAUCGCCCUGGACUUCCUCUUGAAGAUGGCGAAGGCCGAGGGGAAGGUGGAUGUGUUUCACUGCGUGCAGAGGCUGCGGGAGCAGCGGGUUAGCAUGGUGCAGACCAAGGAGCAAUACACCUUCCUGUAUGAGGCGCUGCUUGAAGGCUUGCUCUGCGGCAGCACCGCGAUCCCAGUGGAGAGUAUCUCCAGCCACGUCCGCCGCCUUCGAGAAGCUGAGACCUCAAGGCAUGACAAUGUUCUUGAGAAGGAGUUCAAGGCCCUGCAGAAGUUUUCCGAGUUGUUCCAGCUCCUGCCAUGCAGAGAGGCAGAGAAACCCAGCAACCAGCCCAAGAAUCGCAAGCCGGGGAUCUUGCCAGCGGAUUCCUGCCGGCCCAUCCUGAUGUCCUCGCUGAAUGCAGAUGGCUCACCAGGUUACAUCAAUGCUGUGUUUGCCAAUACAUACACUGAGGAGGACAGACUCAUCAUCACCCAGCUGCCUUUCCCUACCACGCUGGUGGAUUUCUGGGCUCUGGUCUGGGAUUACACCUGCACGUCAGUGGUUGUGCUGAACCAGCUUCAGCAGCUGGACAAGACAUACGUGGAGUUCUGGCCCACCCAGGGUGAAGCUGCCUACGGCCGUUUUCAUGUCCACCUGAUCUCAGAGGAGCUCGGAGUUGACUUCGCAGCCUGGACACUCAGUGUCACAAAUAGGCAGCAGCCCAAGAAGUCUGCACUGAAAGUCCAGUUCUGGCAACUGAAGGACUGGCCCAUGCAGCAGCGUCUUCCCCCACACCCUGCCACCAUCAUCAGCCUGCUAGGGAAGGUGGAGACACACCAUCGGCAGAGCCAAGACGGACAUAUCCUUGUCACCUGCUGGGAUGGUGCCAGCCGGAGCGGGAUCUUCUGUGCUGCUAGUUUCCUGUGUGAGCAGAUCCAAAGUGAGGGGCUGGUGGAUGUAUCCCAGGCUGUGAGGAUGCUGAAAAGGCGUCGGAGACAGCUGAUUAAAGAUGUG